ACAGGUGUGCUACUAUCCACAGGACGUCCUGGCUAUCUACCUGGAGCCUACAGCAAACAUUUGAACAAGAAUUGAUUUUAUUUUUGUCCAUCAUGUAAAUUACCCUCCGAAGUUACAGUUGAAGUGAGUUGUGACAUCGGUGAACUUAUCAAAAAGUGUGUUAUAGCUGGUAUCGGGAUAUAUUGGCGGGAUAUUUAGGGUAGGAAUUUGUUCUCUAUACAAAACUUCAUGUAACAGAUUUACAUCUAUAAAUAACUAAAGCCAUACUUCAAGAUACCAUGAAGACGUUUGAUGACAUUCUCAUCUCCAUUGGGGAUUUCGGAAAGUACCAGAAAAGGUUAUAUGCAUUUUGUGUGAUUCCCAACAUGCUUACGGCAGCUUUGACACUCAUCACAGUGUUUACACUCAACGAGCAUCACCACAGGUGUCAAAUUCCUGACGUAGCUGUAAAUUCUACAUUUGAUAUAUACACUCAGCAUUAUGGUGACAAGUACAACGGGAGCGAGGUUCUGGAGAAACAGGCGUCAAAGUGUCACAUCAGCAGCUUCAACGACACUUCAAAUGUGACGUCACAGACUAAAUGCACUAAAUGGGUGUACAGUACUGAGGAGAUGUCCAAGACGCCUAUUUCUGAUUUCGAUCUUGUCUGUGACAAUGUCGUGCUCCGUUCUCAUGCAACAAUGGUGUUCUUUGGAGGAACCUUGGUUGGAGUAAUUUUGGCGGGAAUGUUAGGUGAUGUGGUCGGACGGAAGCCGGUGAUGAUCAUUGGUGUUUUCACACUUACGAUAUCCAACAUGGCGUGUGUGUGGUCAUACAACUACAAAAUGUUUUUGGUUACACGCUUUUUCUCGGGAUUUUCAACUCUCAUGGUUUUUGCUCCAUGCAUGGUCAUCCCGAUGGAAAUGGUUGGUCCCUCCAGUCGUGUAUUUGUCGGAAUUAUUAUCGAGCUGCUGUGGUGUUUAGGGGAGGUAAUUCUGUGUGGCUUAGCGUACUUUGUCCGGGAUUGGCGAACUCUACAACUCAUUAUUUCUAUACCCUGUAUUCUCCUACUCUCAUACACAAUCAUCAUACCAGAAUCACCUCGAUGGCUUAUGUUGGUUGGAAGACGGAAACAAGCUAUGAAAAUCCUCCGAAAAAUUGCGAAGGUCAACGGAACGACCUUGACAGGAGAGGUCACAGAUGUCUGCAGGGAAAAUGCAUCACUGCGGGAUGUCCUGAUCUUAAUGAGAACUCCUAAACUUGUACUCAGAUGGGCCAUCGUUUCAUUUAUAUGGUUUGCCAUAUCUCUGUCCUACUAUGGUCUCAUCCUCAACGCUGGAAGAAUAGGUGGAAUAUCUACCUCAACUUCCUCGUGUCCGCCAUUGUUGAGGCCCUGGGCUACAGUUCGUGCCUUGUUAUCAACGACAGGUAUGGACGAAAAGUUAUGAACUGCGGCAGCCUCGUUCUGACGGGAGUGGCUUGUCUGUCCACCAUACUUACAACACAACUGGCUGAUAAUUCCCUUAGUUGGAUAACUAUCACUCUAUCUAUGAUUGGGAAGUUUGGAGUAUCGGCAGCAUUUGGAAAUAUCUUCAUAUAUACAUCCGAACUGUUUCCCACAUCCAGCAGAAGUUUUAUCCUCUCAUCAUCCAAUAUCUGGGCACGGAUUGGAUCGCUAACGUCGCCCUACAUAGCUGACUUGUCUAUUCUGGUGGACAGUAUGUUCGGGAAGGCCCUACCCCUGAUUAUAUUUGGAUGUCUGGGUCUGUCAGCUGGGAUGGUAUCACUCGUCUUACCUGAAACUUUGAAUGCUUCCCUGCCAGACACCAUUCAUGAUAUCAUGUCAACAGACGCCAAGAACAACAA